AUGGGCAAGAAGCAAGGAACACCCGCCUACGUCCUGGGCGUGGGCAUGACCAAGUUCAUCAAGCCUCGUGGCAAGGUCGACUACCAUGAGCUGGGCUACGAGGCCGGUGUCAAGGCCAUGCUGGAUGCUAAGAUCAACUACGACGAGGUUGACCAGGGUGUUGCCUGCUACGUCUACGGCGACAGCACCUGCGGCCAGCGUGUCUUCUACCAGUUCGGCCAGACCAGCAUCCCUAUCUACAACGUCAACAACAACUGCUCGACCGGCUCCACUGGCCUCGCCAUGGCCCGCACUAUGGUCUCCCACGGCGCCGCAGACUGUGUCCUGGUUGUUGGCUUCGAGAAGAUGAACCCUGGUAGUUUGCAGUCCAUGUACAACGACCGUGAGAACCCCACCGGUCUCUUUGGAAUGAUGAUGGCCGAGACUCGAGGUGUCACAAACGCACCCGGUGCCGCGCAGAUGUUCGGCAACGCAGGUGUGGAAUACAAGGAGAAGUUCGGUGCUAAGAACGAGGACUUCGCCGAGAUUGCCCGCAUCAACCACGAGCACUCCAAGCGCAACCCCUACUCCCAGUUCCAGACCGAAUACACCCUCGAAGAGAUCAUGAAGGCUCCCAUGAUCCACGAGCCCCUGACCAAGCUGCAGUGCUGCCCUACCUCCGAUGGUGGUGCCGCCGCAGUCAUCGUCUCCCAGGAGUUCCUGGACGCCCGUCCCCACCUGAAGGAACAGGCCAUUCUCAUCGCCGGCCAGACCCUUGCCACCGAUACCGACUCAGUCUACAGCACCAGCUCCAUCGACUUGAUGGGCUUCGGUAUGACGCGUCGCGCCUGCCGCGAAGCUCUCGCCGAGGCUGGCGUCAACGUUAAGGAUAUCAAGGUCUGUGAGCUGCACGACUGCUUCUCCGCUAACGAGAUGAUUACCAUCGACGCUCUGGAGCUUUGUGAGCCCGGCAAGGCCCACGAGAUGGUCCGCCGCGGCGAUAUCACAUACGGCGGUAAGAUGGUCAUCAACCCCUCCGGCGGUCUCAUCUCCAAGGGCCACCCUCUCGGUGCCACUGGUAUUGCCCAGUGUGCUGAGCUGGUCUGGCAUUUGCGUGGUUGGGCCAACAACCGUAUGAUCGAUGGUACCUCUUCCGCACUCCAGCACAACCUCGGUCUGGGUGGUGCCGUCGUUGUCACCGUCUACAAGCGUGCCGACGGCAAGGUCGCCGCUGCUGUUCCCUCCGACGUCGUUGGCAAGAUCAACGGCCUCGGCUACAACCCUGCUGUUGAGGCCAAGGGCUUCACCGCUGAGCAGGCCAAGGCCGUGGUGAGCAAGAAGCACAGCUCUAAAUAUGCUCUUGCCGAUACCCAAGAGCGUGUCAUUGCCAGAUUCUAG